UCCUUUCCCCAUCCUCGCUCGCUCGCUGCCGGAACCUGCGACUGGAGCCUGCUCUACUCUACUCUCGCCGGAAGAUGGAGCCUGGAAACAGUGGUACCGGGCAGACCUCUCCCCGAGGGAAUGACUGGGAGGUUGUGCAGCUGACUGCAUCGAACUACGCAUCCGCACCUGGUCCAGCACGAUCCGAACCUUCCGACGAGGAGUCUGCGGGCCAUGUGUAUGGCACGAAGGGGGAUGAUUCAGCAGCUGCGGCACUGAUGAUGUCUGGCCAUUUCUCGGUGCCUCGGAAUGAGGCUGAGAAUCUCCUCGUGGAAGCUGGUAGCACUGAGCGCCAGGAGGCGCGUGGCAGCCAGUAUGCAGUUUCUGACACUGGUGACGGUGAUAGGGAUGAGGAGAAAUUGAAGGGUGAUGAUGUUGAUAGCAUCCCAUCCCUCGACAAAGGGAAAAGACUUUCCUCGGUUGAUGUGGAGCCUGAUGAUGGCAACACGUCCCGUGGGUUGAGUUUGGCCGCGGAAGACACGGUUAUGUUCUCGUCAUCCGGUCAUACUGCAACGGUUGACACUGAGAAAGAAUUGAGCUGGUCAGCUACCGAGAGUAAAACAACUGAGGAGAAAACUGAAGAUCCAACCCUGCAAAAUGUGAACACUGUCACCGGUUCAUCCAAGGUUGUUGCUUCUGGUGAAGAGAGCAGGCCUGAUGGUUCUGGAGGCCCACGCGGUGCUUGGUGGCAGAAGCAGAUUAUAUCGCUGUACAAGAGUGCUAGGGAAAGUAACAAGUUCUGGCCGAUUAUUGUGGCCGGUGCUGCUUUGAUGGGGAUGGCGUAUUUCCGGCGGCGCUGGCUCAAGGGCAAGCUGCAUCUUCAGCAGGUCAAACUGCAACCUGCUAGCAGCAAGGAGAGGAUCAACCACGCUGUCGCACCGUUAAACCGGAUCAAGGACAUUCUUGCUGCGGGCAAUCACCCAAGUCCAGCUCCCCAUGGGCACGCUCAAUCGAGUUGAUUACCCUUCCUGUUGAUGUAAGAUGUAUCCUGAAACUACUGUGUGCCACGGAGACAUCGACAGUGCUGAAUAUCAAGGCGAUGUGCAUCAUCGUCGACCCUGAUGCCGCAGAACUUAUCGACGUUUAUGCGUGCUGGCCGUGUAAUUAAAUCUCAUACUCCUCCUUGGAUAUGUAAAUAUGUGUGAGUUUUGUGUGGUUGCUUUCCCUCUUUUGGAGGAACUGCCCCUGGCCAGUUUAACUGUGCUGCAGCUGCUGCUGGAUUUUGUCAGCCAAUGUAAAUCUUGCAUUGCUCU